AUGAUUUUACGCCAUCAAAAAAUCGGUGGUGAAGGGAAGACUGUGGAAAUUGAUGAGUCAAAGUUUGGUCGGCGGAAAUAUCACAGAGGUCAUCGAGUAGAGGGGCAGUGGGUGUUUGGUGGUGUAGAGCGGGAAACAGGUAAAAGUUUCCUAAUACCUGUCGAGCGGAGAGAUAAGGAAACAUUGUUGGUCAUUAUUAAAGAUUGGAUUUUACCCGGAACAUUGAUAAUGAGUGAUUGUUGGAAAAGUUACGAUUGUUUGAAAGAUGAGGGUUACACACACCUCACCGUCAACCACUCAAUUGAAUUUAAGAACCCUGAUACCGGAGCACAUACAAAUAAUGUGGAAGGGAUGUGGCGUCAUGCUAAAGCAUCCAUGAGCCAAUACUGUCGUAAAAAACGAUUCUUCGCAGGGUACUUGGAAAAAUAUAUGUUUUUAAAAUCGUGUCGAUUGCAAAAUGUUGACCCUCUAGCAGAAUUUUUUAAGUUGUGUUCCAUAGUAUACGACCCUGUCGAUGGAGUGAGAGCCGAUGUUGUUGAGUCUGCAGAGUCGGAAUCUGGCACCGACUCUGAGAUAGAAUCCGAGGACGAAUCCCAAACAGUUUUUUUUUAG